AUGGCUGAAUUGCAAAAUCGCUGGGUAAAUCACCUUCGCAACAACGCUCGUCAGGAGCCCUCGGAGCGCAAUCUCCGCUGUCUUGUCUGCGCCGAGGACAUUCUGCCCGAUAUUGACGCUUUUCGCGCCCAUAUCCGUGCCGACGAACCAAAGCACUCGACACUCACUGGAGACGCCGACAUUGUAGAGGCGUUUCGGAAAAUGUCCAUCCAUCCCGCUAAGCAGAGAACCGAAAGCACUUCGUCAAAGUCUGGAGUUCCAAACUCAACAAGGAGCCCACCAAUGAAGCCAAGCCUGAGACACUUGGACGACAAGGACGGCACCAAUAGUCGGAAAGUCGAACAACCAAUGACGACUGACCAGCCCGAACCUUCUACCCCUUCAUCCAAGCCCAACAAGGCACGUUCGCCACCCUCAUCUCCGGUCCCGGCCGUAUCACCCCUCACUACACCUAGCCGUUCUCAUCGCCGUAACGGCAUUUCCGCUGAUUUUGAUCGCGGCGACGCAGCCAAACACUUCACCAGUCGUCAACUCUGGAAUCCAGAUGAGCCCAAGAGUCGCGGGACCCGCGUCAGGACCUCAGCACAGAAGCGAUUCAGGCAUCACAACCGCCCGUCGCCAAAGAACGCGUCCACAGUUUUCGAAGUACACCCUGUCGACAUGUCUGCUACUCCGGGCUUCACUCUAUUCCGCCAACCCGAGACGAAGCCCAUCUCGCAAGAACAGCUAACUAGGGAGGUCAAAGACAUUUAUUCGGGCCUGACGCUAGUUGAACAUAAAUGCAUCGAACUUAGCGUCACUCCGAAAACGAGGAUCCCAGAAGAACAAGAGUUGAAUGCACUGCAAUAUCAGAAAUUGAUUGGCCUACAUCGGACAUUGCUACACGAACACCACGAUUUCUUCCUCGCCACGCAACAUCCGGUAGCUAGCGCAGCACUACGCCGCCUUCCCCUCAAGUACAGCAUGCUUGCGCGGAUGUGGCGUCACGGCAUACAAUCAUUUCUCGAACUACUCCGCAAAAGAUUACCCGGGUCGCGCGAGCACAUGCUCACAUUCAUAUACAUUGCAUACAGCACCAUGACACUCCUUUACGAAACCGUUCCUUUUUUCGUCGCAACUUGGAUUGAAUGCCUUGGAGAUCUCAGCAGAUACCGUAUGGCUAUCGAAGACGAUGAUAUACGGGAUCGUGAAAUUUGGACUUCGGUAUCUCGAAACUGGUAUUCUAAAGCUUCGGACCGUUCUCCAGAGGUUGGGCGGCUGUACCAUCACCUGGCUAUCCUCGCUAGACCUGAUCCUUUGCAACAGUUGUAUUACUACGGCAAAGCACUAAGCGUUCCGGUCCCCUUCCCGAGCGCUGGUGAUAGCAUAAUGACGCUCUUUAAUCCAGUCCUGGAAAGGUCCAGUCGCUUGGAUCGAUGCGACGAGGUGUUUAUCAGAGUUCAUGCUAUCCUGUUUUCUGGACGUAACCGCGAUCAACUUGAGGACGCUAAAGUGGAAUUCCUUGAUAUUCUCGACAGGAGUAUCGCAGAGAGGAAAAAAGAAUGGCUCCGUUCAGGGACCUACAUUGCUAUUUCCCUCAUUUGCUCACUUUUCGGUUAUGGCGCUAAUACUAACCCUCUUAAGCUAUCACUCCCAGAUAGUGUCUGCGAUGUGAGCGCUGCACCAAGUGGUAGCAGUGCAGCGAAAGCAAAGAAUGUCAUUGACGAGGAAACUGCCUCGAGAAAUUUUGACUUUGCGGCAUCAUUCGCCAUGCAGACAUGCAAUAUUGUCUUCCGGCGCAAAGCAGACAUCAACGUUCUUCCUUUCCUCCAUAUCAUGAUGCUCUUUCUACAUUAUGUGGCUCAGCAUGACAAAGCUAUGUCACUCAUUCAGGAUCAAGUCCCUUGGAGACGGAUAGUCGACGUGCUCAACGAAGCUCGCCCUGCGUUGUUAUCAAAGCCGAGGAUGGCGAAUAAAAGCUUCCCGCGACCGCCUCCCAACGAGCCUUUGCGCCCACUAUCAGAGGACUAUGCUUUGCGUGGGCUGGGACUCUCGAAAGACUACUUUCCCGAUGAUUGGUUCUCUAGCGAUAAACUCGAAGAAGAUGAAAAGAUGUUUGAGCCACCCUCUCUUGGAGAUGAGCGACGCCAACGGAUUCUCUGGCUUGGACGCCAGAUGUGCAACCUGGGAAUAUGGUUGGAAUGGGAGGAAAGCUCAAAGCGGUUUAUUGUCAAUUCUUCAUACGACAGAAACAUUGGUCUGCCUGUGGAGAGUUGA